CAACCCCCAAACCCUUCCACCCCCCAACCAAACCCGUCCAACCCCCCCUCCCCAUCACAUCACAUCCCAGCUGCCUCCUCCUUCUUCUUCACAGCCCACACUAUUUUCGAUCGUCGACUACAAAACCACCUCCACCACCAACUCCACACUUUACUUCUACACCACUACUACCACCACCCACUUACACUACCAGCGACACAAAAGAACCGCAGUCUUUCCUACAACUACAUCCACAACUACACCUCUUCCCAAGCGAACCCCCCGAGAAUCCGUAGUUUAUGUCCAUCGAAAAUCUCAAGGUUAAUGAUCCUUUCGCCGACGACGUUGGUGAUACGCAGCCCAAGAAUUACGUUCAUAUCCGUAUUCAGCAGCGCAACGGUCGCAAGACGUUGACGACUGUCCAAGGAUUGUCCAAGGAGUACAGCCCCAAAGCUCUUCUCAAGGCCUUCAAGAAGGAAUAUGCUUGCAAUGGCACCAUCAUCCAAGACAAGGACAUGGGCGAGGUGAUCCAGCUCCAGGGGGAUCAUCGCACCAAAGUGAUGGACUUUCUCACCGAUAAAGACAAGGCCAAGAUGGGCAAAUACGCUCUCCAGAAGGAUCACAUCAAGAUCCACGGAUUCUAGGGAGCUUUGCUAAGGGCAAGCCGGGGCUGCAUUUGUGUGCGCCUUGCCGACUUACCUUUUUUAACCUCUUGGUAUUGCGUUGCAUUGUCUUUUCAAGAAACUUGUACUUUACUACUACUGCCGGUACUGGUCUGAUUUGUGAAAGAUGAUGUUAUGUGUGCGGGGGGAGUAGGAGGGUGGUUGGGUGGUUGUGUUGUGCUACUCGGUUUGAAACUUGCGUGUGCGCACGGAGAGGUGGGAACUUUUUGUCCUUCUACUACUACUGUUACUACUGUUGCUACUGUUGCUGUUCGGUUGGAAAUGUCGAUACAAUUGUAACGGAUGACUUGCCGCUGUUUACUACUAUACUCCGAUACCUUUGCGUCAUGGUGGGCUGUGACUCCGACGUGGGGAAUACUUGAUCUUGGUCCUGAUCUUUGA